AUGUCCCGCAGUCCCCUCCCAGCUGAUCCUAGCUCCCGGAGUCUAGAUUACGGAAACGAGCGUCGCGUAGACCGAGGACCGCGCGUUCGCGGCGCGGGUCCCCGGCCCCGGGCGCCUCUCGGGUUCCUGUGCGCCCUCGCACUCCCGAUUGCCGUCUCCGAGCCUGUGCCCCUCCCCAACCCCGGCCGGGCUCGGGAGCGCUCCCCGGUCACCUCGGCCGCGCUCAUUUUACUUCCUUUCGCGGUCCGGAUUGCAGCAAAACCGGGCAGCGCGAGGGCCAAAAAGUGGAAAGGAGAGCGCCUUUCCGCGUCGCACCGCCAGCUCGCCAAGUCCCCCUCCCCAGUCCAGACCCUCGCAAUCCCAACUGCAACUUUUUCCCUUCCGUCUGGCUUUCCCCUGGCCUGCGGCGAGCGGGCGCCGGGCCGCUAG